AUGUCUUCCCCUAACGAUGCCUCAAAGAAUGAAGCGUCGUUGGGAGUAGAUGAUGCGACUUUACGUCCUUUUACGUUCGUUUUUCGCUCUGGAACUACAUUCCCCAGUGCGCGGACGGCACAGGAUUUUAUCCGUUCUCGCGAAUCUACAAAAUCUCCUUCUGGAGCCGACGUUCCAAUCCCGUCAAUUGAGAGCGAGAACUCUAUUCUGAGCAGCCGUGGAGUCAGUCCAAGCUCCCUGAAUCCAACAAGAUGGAACACCCCGCAAAUUCACUCAACAGUGGACACUGUUUGGGAACAGACGACUGCUCUACGAAACUUUAGAUUGACUUCCGCAUGUCCUUCAGAUCAGCAUUCCCGUCUACAGACGCCGAAUCCUUCAUUUUGA